GAAAGCUGCUCUGGUUCAUGAUUUCAUCCUUGGCCAAUAAGAAUCUGCCAUCAUGCAGUGUAAUCUGGAGAGUUACCAGUAAUAUCAAGGACAAAUAUGAGGGUGCCUAUCAUUCAGGAUUUCAAGGAUGAAAGCGAAGAAGGAGAAGAAGAAAGAGAAGAAGAAGGAGACGAGGAAGAUGAAGAAGAAGAGAAGGUUUUCCUUAAGCCGGUCAUUGAAGACAGAAACAUGGAAUUGGCCAGAAAGUGCACAGAACUGAUUAGUGAUAUCCACUAUAGAGAAGAAUAUAAAAAGUCUAAAGACAAGUGUACAUCUGUGACUGACACCCCUCUGCUAAAUCAUGUGAAAAACAUAGGUGCUUUUAUUUCUGAGUCCAAGUACAAAGGCACAGUUAAGCAGAAUCUCUCCAAAUCACUUUAUAAACAGAUGCCAGCCACAAUUGACAGUGUGUUUGCAAGAGAAGUCACCCAGCUUCAGAGCAAGGUUCUCUACAAACAGAAACAUGAUGCGGAAAAAGGAGCUUCAGAUUAUACCCAUAUGAAGGAGCUGCCAGAUGUUAAGCAUGCCAUGGAAGUCAAUAAGCACCAGAGUAAUGUGUCUUACAAGAAGACGUCCCAAGAUGUCCACAAGUAUACGGCAGGGCUGGACAGGCCAGAUAUAAAGAUGGCGACCCAGAUCUCCAAGAUCAUAAGCAAUGCUGAAUACAAGAGAGGUCAGAGAGACAUGAAGAAGGAGUCUGCCGUAAUUGGAAGACCUGAUUUUGAACACGCUAUGGAAGCAUCUAAACUUUCUAGUCAAGUUAAAUAUAAAGAAAAAUUUGAAAAUGACAUGAAGGAUAGAAAGCACCAAUACAACCCGCUGGACAGUGCUUGUUUCCGACAGAGUCAGUACGCGUCAACUCUGGCCAGUGAUGUGAAAUACAAGAAAGGAAGGCAAACAAUGCAUGAUCCAGUUUCAGAUUUCCCGAAUUUAUUAUUCUUGGACCAUGCUUUGAAAGCCAGCAAAAUGUUCAGUGAUCAUGAAUACAAGAAGUUAUUUGAGGAAAGCAAAGGGAGUUACCAUUUUUCUGCAGACAGAAUUGAUCACCUCCAUCAUAAAGGAAACUCCAUCCUCCAAAGCCAGGUUAAGUACAAGGAGGAAUAUGAAAAGGAGAAAGGCAAGUCGAUGCUCGAGUUUGUUGUCACACCACUGUAUCAGGCUUCAAAGGAGGCUCAAAAGAUGCAGAGUGAGAAAGUUUAUCGGGAGGAUUUUGAAAAAGGGAUCAAAGGGAGGAUGUCACUGGAUUUAGACAAGACGCCAGAAUUCUUACACGCAAAGUAUGUGACCAACCUACUGAAAGAGAAAGAAUAUAAAAAAGAUCUUGAAAAUGAAAUAAAAGGGAAAGGAAUGGAACUCAGUUCAGAAAACCUGGACAUCCAGAGGGCAAAGAGAGCAUCUGAAAUGGCUAGUGAGAAGGAGUACAGGAGAGACCUGGAGACUGAAAUUAAGGGGAAGGGGAUGCAGACUGGAACCGAUUCUCUCGACAUCCAGCGAGCCAAGAAAGCUUCUGACAUCGCAAACCAGAGGGAAUACCAGCGGGAUCUGGAGAUGGAAAUCAAAGGCAGAGGAAUGCAAGCUGGCCCUGAGACCAUUGAAAUUCAGCGAGCUAAGAGAGCGUCAGAGAUUGCCAGCCAGAAAGAGUACAAGAAAGCUCUGGAAAAUGAAAUUAGAGGCAAAGGAAUGCAGGUGGGCACAGAUAUUCCUGAUAUGCAGCGGGCAAAGAGAGCAUCCGAAAUCUUCAGUCAGAAAAAAUACAAAGGCGAAGCAGAGAAGAUGCUAGGAAACUAUUCCACGGUGGUAGAUACUCCAGAAAUCCAGAGAAUUAAAAUAGCACAGCAAAACAUCAGCACAGUGUUUUAUAAGAAAGGAGUAGGAGCUGGCACAGCAGUGAAAGAGACUCCAGAGAUUGAGCGGGCAAAGAAAAAUCAGGAGAAUAUUAGCUCAGUGAAAUACAAGGAAGAAAUUAAGCAAGCAACGGCAAUUUCUGAUCCUCCAGAACUAAAGCGCGUUAAAGAAAACCAGAAGAUUAUCAGCAAUCUCCAGUAUAAAGAGCCACAAUACAAAGCUACUCCUGUGACUAUGACCCCUGAGAUGGAUAGAGUCAAGAAGAACCAAGAAAAUUUCAGCCUGGUGAAAUAUAAGGAAGGAAUCAAGCAUGCGACCGCCAUUUCCGACCCCCCGGAGCUGAAGAGAGUUAAAGAAAAUCAGAAGAACAUCAGCAGUGUCCAUUAUAAAGAAAAACUGGGCAAAGCAACAGAUGUGAGUGUCACUCCAGAGAUGAAAAGAGUCAAGAAGAAUCAAGAAAACAUUAGCUCGGUAAAGUACACCCAUGACAAGAAACAAAUGGAAGGGAGACCAAGCCUGAUUCUAGACACACCUGUACUGAGGCAUGUCAGAGAAACCCAAAACAAUAUUUCAAUGGUUAAGUACCAUGAAGACUUCGAGAAGACGAAGGGAAGAGGCUUCACUCCUGUGGUGGAUGACCCUGUGACGGAGCGCGUGAGGAGAAACACACAGGUGGUUAGCGACGCUGCAUAUAAAGGAGUCCACCCUCACAUAGUGGAGAUGGACCGGAGACCUGGGAUCAUCGUGGACCUCAAAGUUUGGCGUACAGAUCCUGGCUCCAUCUUCGACAUUGACCCACUGGAAGAUAAUAUUCAAUCUAGGAGUCUCCACAUGCUUACGGAGAAGGCAAGUCACUAUAAAAGACAUCGGUCUCACUCUGCCAGUACCUUCGGCACAAGUCUGGGGGAUGAAAAAUCAGAAGUUUCUGAGGCAAACCCUAGUUUCUCUUACUCCAGUGAGGUAACAAGAGGAUCUGAUGAAGGAGCCCCUGUCCUUCCUGGGGCAUAUCAACAAAGCCAGUGCCAAGGAUACGGAUACAUGCACCAGAGCAGCAUGUCAUCUGUGAGGUCGAUACAUUCCCAGCAACUUUCCCCGAGUCUGAGGACCUACCGGGCGAUGUACGACUAUAGCGCUCAAGACGAGGACGAGGUCUCCUUUCGAGAUGGAGACUACAUUGUCAACGUGCAACCGAUAGACGACGGCUGGAUGUACGGCACGGUGCAGAGAACCGGAAAGACGGGGAUGCUUCCGGCCAAUUACAUUGAAUUUGUUAACUAGUUUUUCUCCUUUGACCUUUGAGCUUCACUCUCACAUAUUCGAAACCUAACCUUUGUAAAGGAUGAGAAAUGCUUUAAAGACCACAUGCUCAUUA